GAUCCAAUCCGUUGAUCCAGAAGGAUCCAAAGCAAGUCAACAAGUCUGCGCGCGAAAGUAGCGAAAGGAAGGCGGGCUCGGUAGCAAGACUCAUCGCCUCGGAAAAUUCAGCGCGAAAGCUGCUUGACUGCAGCGUACAGUACUGUAGCUGAGCGGACUCUUACAAGGUCCUAGAUUCGAGCCCAAAGAGACGAAGUAUGGACGACGACGACAUUGAGAUGGUCUACCCCGAGGCUGUGGAGGAGGAGGAGGGAGCUGUCGCGGCCGGAGGCGAGGGUUCGGACGACCAGGGUGGCCAAGAGGCCGAGGAAGCGGGAACGGCGGGUGCCAAGAAGGUCAAGAACGUCGUCCGCAGGCCGCAGCCAAAGCUGAACGUGGACAGACUCACGAGUGCAAAGGGGCUUCCUGUGCUCAUCGAGAUGACCAAAACCACCAAGUUUAAGGGGAAGGGCCAUGAGCUGGAAGACCUGGACACCAUUCUGGGAGUGCUGGACCACUGGGCUCACAGGACCUUUCCCCGCUUCCACUCGGAGUUCUUCUACCAGCGCCUAGAAAGCCUGGGGAAGAAGCGGCAGUUACAGGUGUACCUGCGGAGGCUGCGCUUGGGUCUGGAGGACGGAGUCCCCCUGGUGGAGACUGCGCAAGAUGCAGACGACGCCGCUCCCGAGGAGGUCCGAGAGGACCCCUUCUCCUCGCUGCUGGACGGCCCCCGGGACUCGGCAGCAGACGACGGCGAGACGGAACGGCCGCCCUCGCCCCAGUUUCCGGUACACACCUCCACGAGUGAAACCUCCCAGGAGCCAACCCCAGAGGUGCCCCAGGAGGUGCUUCGAGCCAUCGAGGAGAAGCGGCGGCUGGCCCUGGAGAAGCGCCGGCAGCGGCUGAGUCAGUUGCAGGGGUCCUCUACCAGCCAAGCCGAUCCAAGCCAGACCAGUGGGAGCCAAAACAGUUUGAACCACAACGGCCUCGGCCAGAGCCAAGCCGAUCCAAGCCAGAGCAGUCCGAACCACAACGGCCUCGGCCAGACUGAUCCUGCCGUGCUUAGUCGAGCCGACACGAGUCAACCCGAAUUUGCGCAAGCUGCAGAGAGUCAAGCUGGCUUCGGGCGAGCCAGUUGGGAUUGUGCCGACGCCACGCAAGCCGACCCGAGCCUGGCAUAUUUGGGUAGAGUCGCCCCAGACGAAGACAGUCCCUGUCAUGCUGGUUCGAGUCGAUUUGGCUCAGUUCAGGCCGAUCCCGAUCGAGCCAUUGGAGGCAGUCCAGACGGGGCUUGUGCAAGCUGGUCAGACCCAUCUCUCUCCUGUUGACACGUGGCAUUUUUAGCCCAAUCUGUGUUGAGGCUGUGUUGGAACAUUGUGCAAGAGAGCUUUGACGGGCUUCUCAAUUAUGCCUCUUUUGAAUACGUACCUGCCCUUGAAAAUCUAAGAAUGCUGCAUGCGAAAGACAUCGUCAAAGGUGUAACCCUAGAAGUAUUGCAGGUUCCACUCUAGUGUCGUUCGAAGCGUAGGGUCCGACAAAGGAACUGAAACCUCAUUUUUCGGCCCACAUUAAUAACUCAUGCAUCGCAAGAAUUUAGGACUGUGAAUGUGACGUUAGCAGUGGGGACAGUGAAAUUAUAGUGAGUUUUAGAAUAGCAUAUGCAAAGAAAUAGCGUCUUUGCCCUGCACCAGUCCAAAGCUCGGUUUGGGCUAGGCACAUGCAUGGUUGCGAUGACACUAUUCCUAUGCAUACACUAUUCCAAAACUCGUGUUUGAGGAAAUGGCAUUACGAAGAUAAAACUAGGUAGACCUUUUGCAAAGCAUGCGGGAAAGGAACUGGCUCCGAGAGCCGGCUCCACACAACGGAGGCGAUGGAAAAUAUGCAGACGAGCGGGCAAGGGCAGGACACACACUGCGCUGCCCUCUCUCCAGUGUCGUGUCGUGGAUGCUGCAGGGCAAGGAGCUUACGAGAUAUUCACAUAAUAGACCUUGUACAAAUUUGCCCGCCAUCUGUCGGAUGCGUCACCAACCUUCCUUCCGACGCCAUCUUUGUUGCAAACAACUAAGUGCUGUGGCACUUUGCGUCGUAUAAAAGCGGUGUGCAGUAACCGCACAACCCACGUGUUCCACUGCCUAACCUGUAAGGAAAUAAAAUUAAAAACAACCGA